GGUUAAGGGCAAAUGUGUCCUAGAGGGUUACAUUAAAAAAGGUGAAGGGCAAAUGCAUCUUCACAUUAAAAAAGUCGCAAGAACUCCAAGGCAUCUUCCGUUCCAUACGGUCGGCUAUUUUCUUAUUGUGCAGGACAUUCCCAGUAAAACUAAGAAAAAUCAGCUAUGGGGAGAGGAAAGUUCAAGGCCAAGCCCACCGGUCGACGCCAAUUCUCCACUCAUGAGGAGAUUCUUGCUGGUACUUCUACUCGUCCUCGAACUUUUAAACGGCAUGAAGCUGAAGCUGAGGAAAAUGAGAUACCCGAAUCUGAAGAGGAAUCUGAGGAAUCCGAGGGUGAAACAGAAAAGCAGAAGGGUACUCAGGGUAUUAUUCAGAUUGAAAAUCCUAAUCUGGUCAAGCCCAAGAAUCUGAAAGCCAAAAAUGUUGAUAUCGAUAAAACUACUGAACUAUCAAGACGUGAGAGGGAAGAGAUAGAGAAACAGAAAGCUCAUGAACGGUACAUGAAGCUCCAAGAACAAGGGAAGACAGAACAGUCGAGGAAAGAUUUAGACCGUUUGGCCCUGAUAAGGCAACAAAGAGAAGAAGCUGCAAAAAAGCGAGAAGAGGAGAAGGCUGCUAAAGAACAGAAGAAAUUGGAAGGUCGGAAAUGAGUUCCGAUGGACGCUCUCUGAAUGAAGUUGAAAUAUAUUUUCUACAGAUAAAGUACAUCACUUAAUGUGCCUACUAUUGGCAUCUGCAAAUUUCUUUUUAUGCCCUAGACUAGAUGGUUCUAGUGGAGGGGCUGGGUUGAACAUUCCAUUACUUCUAUUUAUGCCUGAAUUUAAACAAUUUAUCCCGUCUGUUUCAGCAUGUGCUUUACAUGCUUAACCUUUAUAUGUUUCGUGUGUUUUUUGACCAUUGAUAUAGCCUAUCAUCUCUAUAUGACUACACUUACGGGUCAAGAUGUAUGGAGUAAGAGGAAAAACAGCACAUAAAUAAUACACCACAUUACACAUUUUGUAUGCUUAGGUAAAGUCGGGUUAGAAACAAUCGUUCUCAAAAUUGCG